AUGAAUAUUCCUUCCCCAUCUGCUUGGCUCUCUAGGGGGCCAAUGAUCCGACGUUGUUUAUUGGUUCUCAGUCCGUUUCUUCUCAUUCUGUACCACUCCGAUCCCUCUUCAGCAACAGGUUUAUACGGACGGCCCCGUGCAUGUGCAUUUGUUUUUCAUCGACGGGGAAUCAACCAUCUUGGGGGUGGAGGCCGAGCGAACAGCAGCUCCCUCGACGCACUUCCUUCAUUCUUUGAGCGGUUCAGAAAAGGAACGAAAGAAACUGAACAGCAGCGGCAGCAGGAAUUGCGUCUGCAGACAGACGUUGACCUGUAUCGGUUGCUGGGCGUGCACCGUGAUGCUCCAGCCUCUGGCAUUGCCGCUCGUGCGGAAGAACUGCAAAAACAGCAGCGCGAGCAGUUCUCGGGCGUAGAUACGCCGCACUUGGAUCCCUUUGUGGAAUCCCUUCUGCGGGAAAUCUCGGCGACACUACAAAACCCUACACAACGUGCUGCAUAUGAUGAAGGGGGCUAUGUCCCAGAGUCUCUCUCCGCCCUGCUGCAGGAGCUGCUCCCUGUACUGCCUUCUUCCAGUUCCCAUGAAGAAAACACCAGUGAGGAGGCAACAGCAACAGUUGAUGAAGAGGACGAUCCGGAGGACGAACCAAGAGGCCCUUCGAGCUUGUUUUCUGCUUUGUUUGGUCCCCAUUUUCUUGGGAGCAGCAGCCCUUUUGCUGCUGUUACCGGAGGCCGGCGUGCGUCACGGCCGCAGAGAGGUGCAGACGUGGAGGCCUCUGUCACUCUUGGAUUCGAAGAUGCAGCGCUUAAAGGGGCGUCUUCUCUUUCUGUAAGAGUGCAGCGCCAAGAGCCGUGCGCGUCCUGCUCCAGCUUUCAAGACCACAAGGCCUUGAAGCCCUCGGCCUGCCGCGCCUGUGAGGGCAGAGGAAUGCAGACAGAAACAAGACGUUCUUCUUUUGGUUUUGUCUCUACAUCCAUCAGCUGCCCAGCUUGCGGCGGGACGGGGGAGUCGGGGCACCCUGCAUGCGACUCCUGUGGAGGUGAAGGCUUGGUAAACAAAGAGGUGUCUCUCAAGGUCAACAUACCUGCGGGGGUCUCAGAAGGGUCUCUGCUACGCGUAGAGGGCGAAGGAAGCAAAAGCGCAGAUGGAGGGCAGCCAGGUGAUAUAUAUAUAUCCGUAAACGUGGAGAAACACAACCGGUUUUCGAGGGAGGGUGCAGAUGUGCUCAGCGACGAGACGAUAUCUUUGCACGAUGCAGUCAACGGUUGCAAACUCACAGUGGAGACAAUAGACGGCACGGCCGAGGUAGAAGUACCACCUCUUUCUCAAUCCGGCCAGAAAGUGCUCAUUAGAGGCAGAGGCGCAAGGAGGCUAGAUGGACAUUCUAGUAAAAGAGGUGACCAUAUCAUCACACUAAGGGUCGCCCUUCCCGAUAAAAUUACAGCUGAAGACCGCGAACUACUGCAGCGUCUAAGAGAUGCGGAGAAGGGAGGAGACAAAUGA